GGAGAGAUACGGAUCCCAGUUCCAGCUACAGACUGACCCAAAAAGCAGUGCCAGGAUUUCGCUAGCUACUCUGCAUGGAUCUGAAGGACAGCACCAGUGAGGGCAGCAUGGGGAGCAUGCAGCCUUCCAGUAUCCAGAUUUUUGCCAACACCUCCACGCUCCAUGGGAUCCGUCAUGUCUUUGUCUACGGGCCAGUGACCAUCAGACGCCUGCUCUGGACCUUGGCCUUUGUGGGCUCACUGGGGCUCCUCCUGGUUGAGAGCUCAGAUCAAGUGGCUUUCUACUUCUCCUACCAGCAUGUGACCAAAGUGGACGAGGUAAUGACUAACAGCCUGGUCUUCCCCACUGUCACCAUCUGUAACCUCAAUGAGUUUUGCUUUUCCCGGCUCACCACCAAUGACCUGUACCAUGCUGGAGAGCUUCUGGCCCUGCUCAAUGUAAACCUGCAGAUCCCCAACCCUCACCUGGCUGACCCGGCCAUCUUGGCCAUCCUUCAAGAAAAGGCCAACUUUAAGCAGUAUAAACCAAAAGUUUUCAACAUGCAGGAGUUCCUGGCACGGGUUGGCCAUGAUCUGAAGGAUAUGAUGCUGUACUGCAAAUUCAAAGGCCGAGAGUGCAACCAUGAGGACUUCAAAACUGAUCCAUGCAUCCCUAAAAGUAGGAAAUCAGGGAAGGGAGGCAGGAGACCUGUGUGGAUGAGCAAAGAACUCAUCAACAAGAUCAAAAGGAAGAAGAAGGUCUAUGAAAUGUGGAAAAAGAGCCUGUCCUCUUUGGAGGAGUAUAGGAGUGUUGUCAGGGCCUGCAGUGAUGCAAUGAGGAAGGCUAAAGCCCAGCUGGAGAUCAAGGUGGCAAAGGAGAUAAAGAAUAAUAAGAAGAUGCCUCCACCGCCUCAGGCCAAGCAGCAGCUGCGUGACAGUCACACAACACCGAACAGGGACUGGUAG